AUGGCUGAAGUCGCUGGGCUCGCGCUAGGCGUCGUAGGCGUCGCUGGUCUUAUCGGCGCUUUUAAGGAUACAAUCGAUGUUUUCAAUACCGUUGUAGAUAUGCGUCAUAUGGGCCGCCUUCUCCUUCAGUGGGCAGAUCGGGUCAAGCUUCUUCAACCUAAUCACGACGUGCGACUCGAUGAACCGAGUACCCAGACUCUUGUUUUGCGUAUUCUUAGUUCUAUUCGAUCGAUUUUGACGAACACGAACCAGUUACAACAACGAUAUGGGUUGCGACGGGAAAAUGACACUGAGACGCCGACCCUGCCUCCCAUCUCAACUUCAAUGAGGCUUGGGCCGGACCUUUCAGAGCUACCGUCCGAACUACUCACCGGUCAGCAUCAGAUGAAGAGCUUUAUGAGACGGCUCGAGGCACUCCGAGUUGCGGUACAAGGCCAGGCAACUACAACAUCUGUUGCCCAAAAGACACGUUGGGUCAUCAGGGACAAAGAGAAAUUUGAGGUUCUUGUCCAAGAUCUUGCGGAGCUGACAGCCAAGCUCGAUCAAGUGGUUCCUACAGAGAGUUCCGAAACAGCUCGCUCGACGAUCCAGAGUGAUAUCGAGCUCAUCAAGAAAGAUGUGCGACAGCUGUUGUUGUUCCAGGAUGCGGCAGGAAACCAUGCAGCUAUUGCUCAAUCAACAGAGCAGAAUCUGGAUAGAAUGCAUCAGGCUCGCAUCCUGAACACGCUGUGGUUCAGGAUGAUAAACGACAGGUCCGAAAGCAUCUCGAGAAAUCACCGAGAUACACUUCAAUGGGCAAUCGAAGGUUCAAACAAUAACGAGUCCUGGCAUAAUCUCGCGUCUUGGCUUCUCAACUGCUCGGGCAUCUACUGGGUUUCUGGGAAAGCCGGGAGCGGCAAAUCAACCCUGAUGAAGUUUGUCUUCGGGCAUCAGCGAACCACGUCAAUGUUAUCUCAAUGGGCUAAAGGAGGCCGGUUGCUUAUAUGCCAUUACUUUUUCUCCAACUUGGGAACAGAUCUCCAGAAAAGCCAGGCUGGACUCUCCCGUACAUUACUUUACCAGAUAUUGGAUAAGAACAGGUCACUGAUUCAAGCAACACUUCCUAACAUCCUGCGGGAUAAGGAUCUGACCACCCAUGAUGAUAUCACUUUACCUUCGGUAGCGGAGACCCGGCAAGCGUUUGAAGUUAUCUCCGCAAACAGCGACAGGAUAGGACACAUUUGCUUCUUCAUCGACGGGCUUGAUGAACUUGUUGGGGAGUACGCUGAUAGUAUCGACUUUAUUAGCAACCUGGCUCGGAACAAGCAGUCCAAAGUCAUAAUGUCCAGUAGACCUAUUCCAUCCUGCGUCGCCGCCUAUCGAAAGUACCCCCAUAUGAGGCUGCAAGUCCUUACGCGACGGGACAUACAAGCAUAUGUUGAGUUCAAAGUCGGGGGCCACCCCUCAAUGAAACGACACAUGAGACGCUAUCCCACAGAUGGAGGCUUUGAUGAUCAUGAUCGCCUUGCAGAGAUUCGUCGUCGCGUGGACGAACUCCCUCCAGAGCUUAAAGACAUGUUCAUGCAUAUGCUUAGCAAGAUUCACAGACGGCAUCAAGAACAAGGAGCUCAAUUGCUCAAGAUCUGCUACACAUAUCAGAAGACCAAGUCGCCAUUCCUUCAGAAAGGCUUAUACGCGCUAGGCCUUGCACUCGUGGAUGACUAUAGAGCGCAGCCCGUGUGCAUUGAGCCUCUUGACUCUGAGGACAAGCUGGAGAUAUGUGAAGAACUUGUAGGUCGGCUGAGGAGUCGAUGCUGGGGAUUACUAGAGUUUGCGAUCUCCAAGGGUGCAACUUCGGGUGAUGCCAUAAAAGAGGCAAAGGUCAUGUUCAUGCACCGAACAGUCUUUGAGUUUCUGAGCGAUGAUGAUUCAUGGAAACUUGACUGUCUGCAGAUAAAAGACGCGGAAUUUGAGUCAGCUACAGCGUUAUCACUAUACGGUGUACAUAUGGCUGUCCAGAAGCAUUGUGAGGGUAAUCAAGUCGCGGCCAUGGAUCUCUUCAAGGAGGGACUCUGGUGGGGAGCUGAAGCCUACAAGCAGAGACCCACUGACAGUAACAACUGCCUGUUCCAUCUUUCGCCCUUUGUUUCACUUCUAUCAGAAUGGAGAGGCUCAUGCCUUACAUUUAAGAGACUUGCAAAGGCAUCAAACUCUGGUAAGGAGUCCAACCCUCCAUAUACGAAUAAUUGUCCACCUAUCGCAUUACUGCUCGCCGUUGAGGCUGGUGCAAUGAACUUUGUCAAGACCCAUUCCAGCUUCACAGCAUCAGCUCAUGACUGUCAACGCGGAUGCAAGCCCCUUCUAUACCAUGCACUCAGAAAACAAUUUCUCAGUGGCACAUUUAACGAUCAGCCAGCAGACUCACGUUUCAGCUCCUCUCAUAUGGUUGAGAUGCUGCUUCUAUCGGGCUGUGAUGCCACCAGUCUUGUUUCAAUUAGUGGAUGGGAGACAAGUCUUUGGUCUUUGUGGUUGGAGGAGCUGACGAGGCUUACGGCUUAUGAUCUGAACGAAGAUGAGAAGGCUACUCUAGCUAAUAUCUCCAAGAUGUUUCGCACAGCAAAUGAGUUCAGGCCAGAAGGGUUUGAUGAUGCGAUUAUUGAUUGGCCUGGUGUUACGUACUAG